UCCUUCCAACUUUUCUCAGUUCCAGCUUUGAUAUCAAGUGACCCGGACAGUUGGGCCAGUCCAGAGAGGGUGGUGGUAUAAAAGGCCCCUCGUCUGAACCCAGAAGUCCUGGACUGACUCCUACAGCUCUGUGAUCGCCAGGCCCUGCCCUUCAGCUGGUCCAGAUGGCAUUGUUCCAGUCCUUCUCCUUGGCCACAGAGCUACUACUGGCCACGGCCAUCUUCUGUGUAGUAUUUUGGGUGGUCAGAACUUUAAGACCCCGGGUCCCCAAAGGCCUGAAGAGUCCACCUGGACCCUGGGGAUGGCCCUUCAUUGGGCAUAUGCUGACCCUGGGGAAGAACCCACACCUGUCACUGACAAAGCUGAGCAAGAAGUAUGGGGAUGUGCUGCAGAUCCGCAUUGGCUCCACGCCUGUGGUGGUGCUGAGUGGCCUGGACACCAUCCGGCAGGCCCUGAUACGGAAGGGAGAUGACUUCAAGGGCCGGCCAGACCUCUACAGUUUCACACUUAUCACUAAUGGCAAGAGCAUGACUUUCAACCCAGACUCUGGACCGGUGUGGGCUGCCCGUCGGCGCCUGGCCCAGGAUGCCCUGAAGAGUUUCUCCAUAGCCUCAGACCCGACCUCCACAUCUUCUUGCUACUUAGAGGAGCAUGUCAGCAAGGAGGCUAACCAUCUAGUCAGCAAGUUCCAGAAGCAGAUGGCGGAGGUUGGCCACUUCGAACCCGUCAAUCUGGUGGUGGAAUCCGUGGUAAACGUCAUUGGAGCCAUGUGCUUUGGAAAGAACUUCCCCCGGAAGAGCGAGGAGAUGUUGAGCAUUGUGAAAAGCAGCAACGACUUUGUGGAGAAUGUCUCCUCAGGGAAUGCUGUGGACUUCUUCCCCAUCCUGCGCUACCUGCCCAACCCAGCCCUCAAGAGGUUUAAGAACUUCAAUGAUAAAUUUGUGCUGUUUCUACAGAAAACAGUCCAGGAGCACUAUCAAGACUUCAACAAGAACAGUAUCCAGGACAUCACGGGUGCCCUAUUCAAGCACAGUGAGAACUCCAAAGACAAUGGUGGCCUCAUCCCUCACGAGAAGAUUGUCAACAUUGUCAAUGACCUCUUUGGAGCAGGAUUUGACACAGUCACAACAGCCAUCUCCUGGAGCCUUUUGCUCCUUGUGACACAUCCCAAUGUGCAGAGGAAGAUCCACAAGGAGCUGGACACAGUGAUUGGGAGGGACCGGCAACCACGGCUUUCUGACAGACUUCAGCUGCCUUACAUCGAGGCCUUCAUCCUGGAGAUCUACCGAUACACAUCCUUUGUCCCCUUCACCAUCCCCCACAGCACAACGAGGGACACCUCACUGAAUGGCUUCCACAUUCCCAAGGAGCGCUGUAUCUUCAUAAACCAGUGGCAGGUCAACCAUGACGAGAAGCAGUGGGGAGACCCCUUUGUGUUCCGUCCAGAGCGGUUUCUUACUGAUAACAACACAGCCCUCAACAAGACACUGAGUGAAAAGGUGAUGCUCUUUGGCUUGGGAAAGCGCCGGUGCAUUGGGGAGAUCCCGGCCAAGUGGGAAGUCUUCCUCUUCUUAGCCAUCAUGCUGCAGCAGCUGGAGUUCAGUGUGCCACCAGGCACGAAGGUGGACCUGACACCCACCUAUGGGCUGACGAUGAAACCUGGGAUCUGCAAACACCUCCAGGCGAGGCCACGCUUUUCCAAGUGAAGAUGGCCAAGGCAGGGGAGGAGGCAUCUAUGGGGCCAUCACCUCCCUUUCUUUCUAAAUAACAGCUUUUUUGAAGUACAAUUCUUUCACAUAUAAUUAACCUCCAAUCAAUUUUAGAAUAUCAUCUAUCAUAUGCCCCCAAACCGAUACCAUUAAGAUUUAUGACUAUUCCUAACCUGUCUUCCUCGCCCCACCAGAUGCUGAUCUGGUUUUUGACUCAAUAUAUUUGCCUAUCCCAGCAAUUUCACAUAAACCCAACGAUUGAUGGA